GUUUUAUGCAAAUCUGUGAUCUUCACGGUUUUUGUUUCUUACCAAUUCUGUAACGUUCCUUUAAGUUAACCCUACAAUAUACAAUCUAAUUCUAAACCAUCUAUUUUUUGAAAUAAAAACUGUGAAAAAUUUUCAGUUGACGCCCUUUUUAUCUAAUAAUUUUCAGUGUAACUUCUUAAAGUUUAAAGUGACGAUAUUAUGUUUGUAAUCUCCAACAGGUCAUGCAUGAAGAUUGUUGUUAUGGUUGGAGUAACGAGCCCUCAUAUUCUGACGGUAGUGUAGUGUGCGGAUCGUACCAUCCCAGCCAGAUGCAGUGAGAAAUGGCCGCCUGCUCUUGUCGAACUAUUAUUGCUACACUUCUCUGUCUUCUAAUCUGUGGUGACUACUUCAUCUUGCCCUCAGAUGGGAAAGUGAUUUACAAUUUUGUUUACUAUUCCUACAAGAAGAAACCCAAACUGGAACGUCAGUUUAAACUGAGCAUGAGGCAAUGUGAACGAUACGAAUGCAGUCAAGAACAAGGGCUGGACCUGGUCAAAUGUGCAAGGAUAUGUACAGCUCCAGAGUGCUACAUGGAAAUAUACGGCCAUGAUGAGUUGGAGCAUGGAGAGGUUGAUGUCAGGUCCUCAUCAUUUAAGGGUUGCUGGAGAAAAAACGUCUACAGAGCUAACAAGGCUGACCUUUGACCCCAGGAUCAGGUCAAAGAUAUUAAAGGCAAUGGACACUAUUGGUAAUUGUCAAAGGCUAGCCUU